AUGAACGAAACCUUGGGCAACAUAAAUGGCACCUCUUGGCAAACAGUUUUUAUCUUCUGCUGGUUUGGUUCAAUGAGCUUAAUCAUUGCUAUUUUGAACACUGCAAUUUGCACUUUGCUUUGGACGCAAAAGCGACUUCACAACAUCAGCAACUUGUUCUUUGUCAACUUGGCCGUUGCAGAUAUUUUGGUCGGCUUUGUGGCGAUACCAUGGAAGAUGUUGUACUUUGGAGUGUCACCCGUACCUCAGUGGCUUACAGCAGUUGUCACGGCCGUAGAUUAUGUAUUAAGCUUAUCUUUCCUCAGCAUUUGUGCCCUAACCUACGACAGAUAUCAGGCAAUUCUCCAUCCACUAACAUACUGCAUUAAAAUGGGCGUCACAAAAGUGUGCAAAGUUCUGUUUUUAGUUUGGAUUCUACCAGGAAUGAACUUUCUAAAGCUAAUUUGGAUGCUGUCACCAGAAAUCUCCUUUCAGCCCUUGAACGGCACUUUUGAUGCAUUUCUUUUUUCUUUCUUACUAACAGCAAUUGGAGGAGUUGUUUUUGCUUAUGUUCGAAUUUCUUGCGCGGCCACAAUGCAGGAAAACCGAGUGCGGAAAUUAAACGUCCAUGCCUCGAGAAAUCAACGAUUAAAGUUUAGCAAAGCAAUAAGGUCCUGCCUCGGUGUUACAAUCUGUUUCGCGUGUUGUUGGUUGCCACGAGGAACCUACUUGAUUGCAAGAAGUUCUCAGUUUUCUACGUCUUACGAAGAAUACGAUCUGAUUACAUUUGGCCUGAUGUCUUUAUCGCCAGUUUUAAAUCCAAUCAUUUAUUCCAUCUUCAACCGCGACAUUAGAAGAACGUUAGAGGUACUUUGGAACAGAUGCCAAGAAAAAUCGAGAUUGCAGAACCAAAAGUUUGGAAGUUCUCACGCUAGUUCAUCACGGACAGUCAACACGAUCACCCGCAGCGAACACAUUGAACUGUCAAGAAAUGCAAAUUUGUAGUAUCAUGCAAUUUAAAGAGGGCUACUUGUUCCUUAAUUUCAAAAUAUAAAGAGUUAAAGAUGACCAUCGCAUUAAUCUCCGCGUUCUACUGGAGACAAGAGGGAUGGUACGUCAGCAAUUUUAGGGCAAAAACGGAGAAUCAAAGUAGACCAAAAGUUGGUACUAAGAAUGUCACAGGAUUGAUGCGGCCGUUUGAAAGCCUUUCUACAAGCCAUAAUGAAGGAACCUAUAACUCCUCUAGCAGGUCAUUCUGUAACGCGUUGGUUUAGAAGGUUACGCUAACGCGGUAAAAGUUGACUCAAACCAACCAACGUUAAAAUAAGCUUUGAAAACAUCGCAUGCCAACUAAUAUGUUUGAACUCCAGAGACUGUCGUCCAGCCAUGUAG